AUGCAGACUCUGAGGAUAAAUAUGCCGAGAAAAUGGUGGAUUGCUGGGCUGCUCUGUGCGUUUGCUGUGUGGAAUAUUACCGAGGCGCAGAUUCGCUACACAAUACCAGAGGAGCAAAACGAGGGCACUGUGGUUGGAAAUAUCGCCAAAGACCUGGAUUUAAAAUUAUCUGACGUGUUUGAACGGAAAUUGCGGAUUGCUGUCGAGUCUGGUAAGCAAUAUUUCGGUGUGGAUCCAACAAAGGGUGAACUGGUGGUGAAGGAGAGAACUGACAGGGAGAAUCUAUGCAGCCAAAGCGCCACUUGUAUUCUUACUCUAGAAGCUCUUGCAGAGAAUCCGCUGCAGCUGUAUCGCUUUGAAAUAGAAAUUCAGGACAUUAAUGACAACUCUCCGGUUUUUCAAAAUAAGGAAAGCACGUUAAAUAUCGCAGAGUCAACCGCGCCUGGUGCAAGAUUUCGUUUGGAAUCAGCCCAGGAUCCUGAUGUAGGAUCAAAUUCACUGCGCACUUACACACUGAGCAAAAAUGAACAUUUUGCAUUAGAUAUAAAAACUGAAAAGGAUGGUGCAAAAGUCCCCGAGUUGGUUUUGGAAACGUCCUUAGACAGAGAGAAGCAACCGAUACUCAGUAUUUUACUAACGGCUUUAGAUGGUGGGAAACCUGCCAGAUCUGGCACUGUCCAAAUCUCUGUUCGUGUACUAGACAUAAAUGAUAAUUCCCCUGCUUUUGACCAAGCUCAGUAUGACGCACAAAUCGGAGAAAACGCAUCACCGGGAGCUGUAGUUGUUUCAGUCAGAGCUGUGGAUCCAGAUGAAGGAGUAAACAGUGAAAUACUCUACUCAUUUGGUCCACACACUUCUGAAAUGAUACACAAUUUAUUCUCUGUCGAUUCCAUUUCUGGAGACAUUAAAGUCAAAAAUAAUCUCGAUUACGAAACGGGGAGCUCCUUUAAGUUUGACAUCGUCGCUAAAGAUAAAGGCACUCCGCCGAUGGAAGGUCUUUGUAGCGUCCAUGUCGAAGUUUUGGAUGUGAAUGACAACGCACCAGAAAUCCUUUUAAAAUCUUUGCCCAGUCCUGUGCGUGAAGACGCAUCCGUUGGAACAGUCGUAGCUUUUAUCAGUGCCAGAGAUUUGGAUACUGGUACUAAUGGCAAGGUUAAUCUGAGUUUAUUACCCGGCACGCCAUUUUCUUUAAAAUCAUCGAUGUCCAACCACUACACACUAAUCACAGCUCGAAAACUGAACAGAGAAGCGCACUCUGCAUAUACUGUUGUGAUUGUUGCUGCUGAUUCAGGAUCACCACAGCUCACGUCGAAGCAGGAAAUACUCGUAAAUGUUUUAGAUGUAAACGAUAACACACCUGUUUUUACACAACCGUCUUAUAUUGUCCAGGUGAAAGAAAACAGCGCUGCUGGAUCAAUAUUGUGCUCGGUGUCGGCUUCUGACCCAGAUCAGGGAGAAAAUGCAAAAAUUUCUUAUUCUAUUUUAGACUCUAGAGUCCUCGACACUCCUCUGUCAUCUUAUAUCUAUAUAAAUUCAGACAAUGGGAGCAUUUUUAGCAUGCACUCAUUUGAUCACGAAAAACUGAAAGUGUUUCAGAUCCAAGUCCAAGCAAAAGAUCACGGCUCUCCGUCUCUGAGCAGCAACACCACGGUUCAUGUUUUUAUUGUGGACCAGAACGACAACACCCCCGCUGUCAUUUACCCCUCCGCACUCCUGGGCUCUGUGUCCCAUCAGAGGAUGCCCCGCUCUGCUAAAGCAGGACACCUGGUUACUAAAGUCACAGCAGUGGACGCUGACUCGGGCCAUAACGCCUGGAUUGCCUAUCGGCUCGCGGAGGCCACGGACGCGUCUCUCUUCAGUGUCACUUUACACACAGGAGAGGUGAGGACUAAGCGCUCUGUUUCAGAGCAGGAUGACUCCUCUCAGAGACUGCUCAUAGAAAUCAAGGACAACGGAGAACCGGUGCAGUCCACCACAGUCACUGUGGAUAUACUGAUAGAGGACGGCUUUCAUGAACCCAUCUCAGACUUUAGGCACAAAAACACAGAACCCGAUCAGAAAAGCAGCAGAAUCACAUUGUAUCUCAUCGUUUCUCUUGCCUCCGUCUCAUUGCUGUGUUUGAUGACGUUUUUGAUCUUGUUGGUAAAAUGUGCUCGAAGCAGUAGAGGCAGCUCGAGUUGCUGUAUCAGACGGAGUGAUUGUGAAUCUAAAAACCCCAACAGAAACCUGCAGAUCCAGCUCAACACUGACGGACCCAUUAAAUAUGUGGAGGUGCUGGGAGGAGACAUGAUGUCUCAGAGUCAGUCGUUCGGCUCCUAUCUGUCUCCAAUGUCCGAAUUCAGUGAUUUCACCCUCAUUAAACCCAGCAGCACCACAGACUUUACAAACACUCUCAGUGUGCUCGAUGCGUCACUACCGGACAGCACGUGGACGUUUGAGAGUCAGCAGGUGAGAAUGUGA